AUCUGAAGAACCACAGCCUUGACUGCAUUUGCUUAAUUCCCCUCUCCUUCUUCCCUGCUUCCCAUCCCUUAACAAAUAAAAAGACAUUAAAAAUAAUCAAGGAUUGGACAACUUAUAAACAGGUUAAAUGAACAACAAAACAGAAUUAUCCACUAGGUAGGAAAUAUGAUAAUACUUAGCAUCUACUAAUACAGUAAAUAUUCUGAUACUGGAGGCAUCUCCACUUGCAGGCUUAUAAAAGCUAAGAUGCAAUUGCAAAGGGGUAAUCACUGCUGCUUCACAUCUAGGAGUAGAAAAAGAGUAGAUAUUCUCCAAAAUCUAUAAUGGACAAAAUACAUGUGAGUUUCUUUUAGUCUGAAACCAAACCACAUACUUAUCUUAUAUUCUACCUCCUUCAAAAAGGAAUUUUAGUAGAAUUUGUACCUCAUACUGUUUUUUCACCCAAAGAGUAUUUUCAGUAUAAAUUUCUACUUGGUUUGGCUUUCAGUUAUAUGGAGGGACAGGAGAGACACACAUAAGGAACUCUGGGAUGCUGCCUUCCCAUUUGCUGUAGCUGUAACCCUUCUAUCCACUUGGCAAUAGAUUUUAGGUGUGAAUGAUCUGUGAAAUCUACACUACAAGCAAAGGCUAAGAGGAAAUUAAUCAAAGUAGGAUAUAAAACCAUACCCCAUUUCCAAAAUUAUGCUGAACAUUCCUUUUUCUGUACUUUCAUAAACGUAAUUCUAGCUGUUGGAUCUUGGCAGGACUACAGAACUUCCAAAUGUUAUAUUGCCAUGGAUCAUGUUUAGUCAACUGGUAAAUAAGAUUGCUCUUUAUUUUCAAUAUUUGAGUGCUGCCUUUCCCUUUAUUUAAUUAAUUUUUUCUCUCUCUUUUUUCUUUGUAUUUUUCUUUGUGUUUUGUUUUGGCUUCCUAGUUUCAAGACCUCCCUGAGUGAUGCGGGCAUUUUAAUCCCACUGAAGUCAUAAUAACUCUGUGUGAGAUUUAUUAUUGCAGCAAGUUUUCAGUAUGUUUCCAAUUGUCAAAUGUAAAGAAAAAUUGUUUCCAGUAAAACACAUGAACUAAGGGAGUAGUUUGCUGGAUUGUGGAUGGCUUUGCUCUAUACUGGAUUCAGCUAGUUGUUUUGUUACUGUUUACUUCAUAUUUUCAUUAUUGUGUGCAAAAAUGCAUUGCAGCCAGCAGCUUACAUGUGGAUUAAAUAAAUAAGGGCAAACACAAUAGCACCCUGAGAAGUUAGCAGACCUGGACUCCAAGAAGGAGAUAACAACACUUUCCACCUACUGUACCUAGGUGGAGGAUGUUUUACUUGCACUCUCCCGCCUACUGGAGGAUGCCAUCAUUGUUCCUAUUCUGCUGACUGUGAACAACAGCAGUCCCCUGCUUCUCCAGCAGCUCCAGAUAAUUGUUUUGAUGUAUUGCUGGAUGGACGGGAUUUGUACUGCCCUGCAGUCCUGCUGAUACAAAAAUGCCUUUAAGAUCCUGCCUUUCCCAUCCUAAUCUACAAAGGAAACAGGAAAAAGGAACUUAAACUCCCUGUACUCAGACAGCAAUGAGACUGUUCCAGCCUGCACCAGUGCUCUGAUUUCUUGCCUGUGACUUGUAAACAGUGUACCAUGCAGGACAAGAGAAACUGCUAAAGGUCUACCCCAGGGAAAGGAUACUCCAUGAGCAACUGUAAGAACUGGAUGGAUAUACUUUGGAAAGCAUGGACCCUCUAGCACACCUAGUUCUCUAUGGAUUCAGCCUGUUGAUUUCAGGUAAAGUAGAAGCAGCACUGGACCUCAUACUGAUCAAUUCCUUCCCUCUGGUGGGCAACUCCGAGACAUCGCUUAUAUGUGUCACUUCCAAAUGGCGUUCCCGCGAAUCUAUCACGAUAGGCCGGGAUCAGGACGAUGUAGCAAACCAGCACCGAGAACCACUGGAAGUUAAUGAAGAUUCCAAGAGAGCAGCAGCCAAAACAGUGGUGUGGAAGAGGGAACAAGCCAGUGAAACUAUUGGAGCAUAUUACUGUGAAGGGAAGCUCAAGGAUGAGGUGACAAGGAUACAUACCAUGAAGAUGCCACUGGGAGCUUCAUUCCACCCAGUGGCAUUAACUGUUACAGCAAAUAAGGGAGAGCAUGUGAACAUCUCCUUCAUCAGAAUGGCAUCAAAAGAGGAAGAUGCUGUGAUCUACAAGAAUGGCUCCUUCAUCCACUCUGUGCCCAGGCAUGAAGUGCCAGGAGAACUGGAAGUCUCCUAUCCUCAAGUUCAACCACAGGAUGCAGGGGUUUACUCUGCCAGAUAUAUAGGAGGAAACCUUUUUACUUCUGCUUACACGAGGCUUAUUGUAAGACGAUGUGAAGCUGAGAAAUGGGGCCCUUCAUGUAGCUUCCACUGCCCUUCCUGCACAAACAAUGGCAUUUGUCAUGAAGAUACUGGGGAAUGCAUCUGUCCUCCAGGUUUUAUGGGAAAAACAUGUGAGAAAGCUUGUGGAGCCAACAUGUUUGGCAAAACAUGUGAAGAGACCUGUAAAGAAAAUUAUGGCUGCAAAAACUUUAUGUUCUGUCUACCAGAUCCAUAUGGCUGUUCUUGUGCCACUGGAUGGAUGGGAUUGGAAUGUGACAAAGAAUGCAAACCUGGGUUUUAUGGGUCAGAUUGCAAACUCAAAUGUAACUGCCACAAUCGAGGAACAUGUGACAGAUUUAAGGGCUGCAUCUGCUCCUUCGGAUGGCAUGGUCUGCAAUGUGAAAAAAAAGGUUCAGCAGAUCUUUCGCCUCAGAUAGUAAACCUACUAGAACCUGUGGAACUCAAUUCUGGUGUCGAGUUCAAGCCAUUUUGUAUAGCAACUGGGAUGCCACUUCCUAAAUCCGAAGAAUUCAAACUCUUGAAGCAAGAUGGAACUGUCCUAAGGCCUGAUGAAAUUUCUACCAGUAAUCAUUCUGAAGCCAUGUUUAGAAUUAAUCGAAUCCUGCCCGGUGAUACAGGGACUUGGGUUUGCAGUGUGCAGACAGUAGCAGGAAUGGCAGAGAAACCAUUUCAAGUUACAGUCAAAGUUCCUCCUGUGCCACAGUAUGCCCCGAGGCUGACAGACAGAGGACAUAAUUUUCUCAUAAUUGAUAUCAAUGCUGAGUUACACAAUGGAGAUGGACCUGUUGUGUCAACAAAACUUCUGUACAAGCCAGCAAAACGCUAUCAGUCCUGGAUGUCUGUGGAAGUAAAAGGCACAACUAAAAGACUGGACAAUCUGGAACCCAAAACUGAGUAUCAGUUCUGUGUUCAGCUGAGUCGGCAAGGGGAAGGUGGGGAAGGCCACCCUGGACCACAGGCCAGCUUCACAACGGCUGCACUUGGUCUUCCUCCACCAGAAGGUAUCACUCUCUUUCCAAAAAGUAUGACAUCACUGAAUUUGUCAUGGCAUCCUUUAACACUGAGGACAGAGGAUGAUAUUCGUGUUGAAGUGGAAAGGAAGAGCGUGAAUGACAACGGUGACAAGAGCAGUGUUAUUACUCAAGUGCCAGGAAAUAUGUCCACCCUGAUCAUUAAAGAUCUUGAGCCUAGACAGCAAUACAUGUGCAGGGUACGGGUGAACACCAGGUCCCAAGGAGAAUGGAGCAACUAUCUGUAUGCAUGGACUUUCAGUGACAGAAUUCCUCCCGCACCAAACAACAUCAGGUUUUCUAACACUACAGACACAUCCUCAGUCAUCUCUUGGACAGCUGCUGAGGGCCAUUCCAUCUCCUCCAUCAUCAUCAGCUACAAAAUCUAUGGCAAGGCUGAGUACAACCACAUUGAUAUUAUCAUAAAGAACACCAGCAUUACUCAAUAUCACCUCAAGGGCCUCGAGCCAGACACUGUGUACCAGAUUCAGAUUAAUGCUCAGAACAACAUUGGCUUGAGCAACCCGAAUACAUCGUUUGAACUGAAGACCCUUCCAGAGACUAAAGCUCCCUAUGAAUCAAAAGGAGGCAAAAUGCUGCUUAUUGCUAUCCUUGGCUCUGCAGGGAUGACCUGUGUAACAAUUCUCCUGGCCUUUCUCAUCAUGCUGCAGCUAAAGCGAGCCAACUUCCAGCGCCGAAUGGCUCAGGCUUUCCAAAAUGUGGUGAGGGAAGAGCCAGCUCUGCAGUUUAACUCAGGUACUCUCACUCUGAGCAGGAAAGCCAAAAACAGUCAAGAUCCUACUAUUUAUCCAGUUCUUGAAUGGAAUGACAUAAAAUUUCAAGAUGUGAUUGGGGAAGGUAACUUUGGGCAAGUCCUGAAAGCACGCAUUAAGAAAGAUGGCUUACGCAUGGAUGCUGCAAUAAAAAGGAUGAAAGAGUAUGCCUCAAAAGAUGAUCACAGAGAUUUUGCUGGAGAACUUGAAGUUCUUUGUAAACUUGGUCAUCAUCCCAACAUCAUAAAUCUUUUGGGAGCAUGUGAACAUAGGGGAUAUCUUUACCUUGCUAUUGAAUAUGCCCCCCAUGGAAAUUUACUGGACUUCCUUCGGAAAAGCAGAGUACUGGAGACAGACCCAGCAUUUGCUAUUGCCAACAGUACUGCAUCUACACUUUCGUCUCAACAACUGCUGCAUUUUGCAGCAGAUGUUGCCAGAGGGAUGGACUACUUGAGCCAGAAACAGUUUAUUCAUCGAGAUUUGGCAGCAAGAAAUAUCUUGGUUGGAGAAAAUUAUGUUGCAAAAAUAGCUGACUUUGGCUUAUCAAGAGGUCAAGAAGUUUACGUUAAGAAGACCAUGGGACGUCUUCCGGUUCGAUGGAUGGCAAUUGAAUCUUUGAAUUACAGUGUUUACACCACAAAUAGUGAUGUAUGGUCAUAUGGCGUCCUCUUAUGGGAAAUUGUUAGUUUAGGUGGAACACCAUAUUGUGGAAUGACAUGUGCAGAACUAUAUGAAAAACUCCCUCAAGGGUACCGACUGGAAAAGCCGCUCAACUGUGACGAUGAAGUGUAUGACUUAAUGAGACAGUGCUGGAAAGAGAAACCAUAUGAAAGACCAUCAUUUGCUCAGAUACUGGUGUCACUGAACAGGAUGUUAGAAGACAGGAAGACCUAUGUGAAUACUACCCUAUAUGAGAAAUUUACUUAUGCAGGCAUUGAUUGCUCCGCUGAAGAAGCUGCUUAAGACAGGAAAAAUCUUCAUUCAUCAAUGAUGUAUUACAGACAACCAAAAUUCAAUCUGCUGGAGCCCAAAAUGUGAUGUGCUGUGUAGGACCGUUUCUAGCUCUAACUCUAUAGAAUACAGCAAUACUGUUUUACCACAGUUAUGUAUGUGUACAUCACACAGUAACUUCUGCCUUCACAAGCUGUAAAAGUGUAUAUACUGACCAAAGCAGGUAUAGACUGAAGUCAUGAAAUCUGUUUUUUCAUACGCAGGGUUUUAUUUUUUUCCUAGUCAUGUAGAUACAAUGUCUACAUACAUAUUGUAAUGCAUUAGGUGUUGCCAUCUUAGAGGUUUCUUUUAUAUUUUCCAAGAGCUACUCAUAGCAAAGUGGUAACUUAUUGCAGUAUUCCAUAUACAUUUCUUUGUGUUUGAAACAAAAAUGCUGAGCAGUUGCCGUGCAACAAUGGAAGUUGCAUGGUGUGCUCAACAAGGAUAAUUAAGACAGAUUCCUGUUUGAAUACAAAAGUCAGCUAGUAGAAAUAAUGUAGUCAAAAGGUCUGUUGACACUAGUAAGAUAUAAGGCAUGCUAUUGCUCUUUCAUUGCCUAGUGAGACUGUCAGUUUUUGCCCAUAUGCAAAAUAUACAUAUAUUUUGAAGUGUUCAAUGCUAUCAGAGGCAGCCAUACAGCAAUAUUCAUGAAGCGUAGUGUUGAGGAGCAUACUACAUAUUGUAAACCACAUUUUUACAACUUGCCUGGAUAUACAUGAGACUUAUUCAAUUUGUAUUUCAUUUAAUAAUUUCACCGCAUAAUUAUAAAUUACUACCUAUUAUAUUCAAGCAGGGCUUACUUACUUUUGUUUAUUUUACCCUCUCAUUCUGUAUGUAGUGUGGUAUGGCCUCUUAAAAAUAUCAUACUCAAAUGCUUCAAAACAGUGAUAUUUCACCUGCCAGGAAGGUCCCUAGUACUUAAAGAAGACAAAUAGAGACAUGAUUGGCUUGAACUUCUGGUGUCAAGCCAAGUACAAGGGAUUUGGUGGAUUUACCCUAUCCAAAUUUCACAUAUUAGCCAACUUCAUGUUUUGCACAUAUGUUCCCCUUUUGCCCUUGACUUACCAGCUCAUAACUGUCUAUCAGAUCACAGUGACUUCCCAGUUGAGUGCAACAGGUCAUCCCCUAAGACUUGGAGAAAGACGCUUGAAGAUUUCCCCUUCUGAUUCUUACUUUGUGGAUGGGUAUGUGAUUCGUUACAAGGUGGGGGUAUCACAAAAAUACAGAGUAACAUUAAUGACAUACACUAGACUAACUCAAAUAAAAGCACCAAUAGCCCUAUUAAAAAGGAAUAAGUCAACAAACAAGGGUGCUGAGAUGAAUUGUGUGGCCUUGAGAUAGGCAGAACUUGCAUUGUAAACCAGGUGCUAGAUGUAAACUAGGAGUUUAUUGUUGGGGAUUAAAAUGUUUACUUAUAGAAUAUUAGAAAUUAUCUGUGUAGGUCUAAGUUUAAUUGUAACUUGCUUUCACCUUAGCAUGAGAGGGCCCUGCUCAAAACUUAGCGUAGAUAAACUUUAAAUGAACCCUAUUACCACAGUGGCUAUGCAGGGGAGAAAACAGAGAAAGAUUGGUUAUCAUCAGAUAAGGGCUGAGACCCUGGAGGGCCCCAAGACUGCCCCAAGCUGGAAGAUAAGAGCAGUUAAUGGCACAUAAACAUGGAGAAUCCAAUGAGGUUUUAGUAGACGCCAGACCAUAAAUCACCAUAGAACUAAGAGGCUCAUGCAGGACACAGGAUGAGUGCAUGAGGGUCAGGUGCAGACUGUAAGGGUAUAAAGGCCCAGGGAUUUCUUUGGUCAGGGUCCCUCUCAGGUGGCACCCAGCUCAAACUGAAAUAAACCGACUCUGCCUUAGAACCCAUGG